GCAAUUACAUGACCAAACAACAAUUAGCCUGAGAUUAUGGACACACAAAUGGAACAUGAUCCAUAUGGAUGAAGUAUUGUAAAAAUAUGAAGAGAGUUCGGUAGUAUCAAAUUCAAGCGUCAAUUGUGUUUCAGAUCCUGUCCCGAGCUCCAGCCAAUCUUGAAGUCAGUCAGUCACUCACAAAAAAAGAAAAAAAAAUGGUGUCUUUACUAGUUUCUUCUCUUACAUCAUGCUCAAGCCCUGGUCUGGAUAUCCUCUCAUCCCUUGUGUGGACGGCAUCGGCUUCAGCUUCCGGGAAACACCGAUACCGAUCAGCUUCUGUGGUGGUGGCAGUGGCAACAUCUGAAUCAUCUCAGAAACCCACCAAAUUCGUCACCUUUCUCGGCAAAGGCGGCUCCGGCAAGACCACCGCCUCUGUUUUCGCUGCUCAGCAUUACGCAUUGGCUGGGCUCAGCACAUGCCUUGUGGUACAGAGUCAAGACCCUUCUCCUGAUUUCCUCCUUGGAACCAAGAUUGGCACUUCUCCUACUUUACUCAACGACUAUCUCUCUGUUAUCAGGCUGGAAACAACAAAAAUGCUACUAGAACCUCUCAAACAGCUGAAGCAAGCAGAUGCCCGACUUAAUAUGACCCAAGGUGUUCUUGAAGGGGUUGUUGGAGAAGAGCUAGGAGUGCUUCCAGGGAUGGACUCCAUCUUCUCAAUGCUUGAACUCGAGAGGCUUGUUGGUUUCUUCAGGCAAGCAACCCGAAAGAACCACAAGGGAAAGGCUUUUGACGUUAUAGUUUACGAUGGUGUCAGCUCUGAAGAGACUCUUCGGAUGAUAGGUUUAAGCAGUAAAACAAGAUUGUAUGUGAAGUAUCUGAGGAGUCUGGCAGAGAAGACAGAUCUUGGGAGGCUAACAAGUCCUUCCAUUAUGAGAUUUGUUGAUGAGUCAAUGAACAUAAGCGGCAACAAGUCUCCUUUUGAUGGCCAGACAAGUCCUGCCAUGUGGGAUACUUUGGAACGUUUCUUGGAGACUGGUGCUUCUACGUUGAGAGAUGCAGACAGAUUCAAGGGCUUUCUUGUAAUGGAUCCAAACAAUCCCAUGUCUGUUAAAUCCGCAUUACGUUAUUGGGGUUGUACAAUACAAGCAGGAUCUCAUGCUUCUGCUGCUUUUGCUAUAUCUUCUUCGAACCUGACAACUGAGUCUAACAAAAGCACAAAAGAAGAGUUUGUUUCGCUGCCUUUUGCCUCCGCAUCAGUUCCAUUUACUAGGAACGGUCUGGAUUGGGACAAGAUUCUACUGGACCAAGCGAAUUUGAGUGUAAGGGAGCUUCUUUCUGGUACAGUAAGCCAAGGAAGUAGUAGCUUGACACCACCAGUGACGUUUGAUACAGCUAACAAAUCAGUGACUCUGUUCAUGCCAGGGUUUGAAAAAUCAGAAAUCAAACUGUACCAGUACAGAGGAGGCUCUGAGCUAUUGAUAGAAGCUGGAGACCAGAGAAGAGUGAUUCCUUUACCGUCUCAGAUUCAAGGAAAAGUUGGAGGAGCCAAAUUUGUAGACAGAAGUCUCAUCAUCACAAUGCGGUAAAUACAUUAAUUUGUACAACCAGAGACGUGUGUAGUUGUUGUCACCAAAAUCAAUACAAAACUACCAUUUGAAAAGAAAAAAAAAGAACUCAAGAAGUCAAACAUUUGGGACGAUCUUGAGAUGAAUAAACUAGUUUCUCAUUA